UUCGCUGCAGCCAAUCAGAAGCGGACUUUCAAAAUAAAGUUUGUCGAAGCGAAACCAGAAUGAUUCGCAUAUAGAGUAGAGGGGUGACGACCUGUCAGCGCCUGGUAGCUAUUUUGUUAAAGGUUUUGUCUCUCGUCCGGAACGUGUCACUGCUUCACCGGUUACGCUUAAAUGGCUUAAAAAAAUCCUUGCUAUUUUUAACUGAAGAGUUUUGUUCUUUGACUGUUGAACGCCGCUGGUCUUCAAGCCGAGUAACAAGGGUCUCCAGAAAUGUAUUUCCUUGGCAUUUUUGUACUGAUGCUGAGCGAGUUAUCACUGGGCUUUCCCGUUCCAGUCGAUACCAUCAUAGUGCAGGUCCGGCAGUGGGGAGUGGUGGGUGCUCAGCGGGUUGUGAACCAGGUUCUUCUCAAUGGAGUCUCUCUUACUGGCACAAGUCAGGAAGUUGACAAUAUCAUCCAGUCUAUGUUAGCUGGCGGACAUCUCCCAGCUCUUACCGAUGUCAACCAGACUUCAGCACUGAGAAACCACACUGUCCUUCGUUCACGCGAAUGCAUACUGGAAGGGUCUCAGCUGCACUGGACCGACCGUGUGUUUUAUGAUGGGAAGGUCUAUCUGACUCUGGACGAUGCUGACACCUGGACGGCCCAUGUGCCACAAGCACUGGCCCUGAAAGAGUUGUGGGACCGGGAGGUACAGCGCACAGGGACGGACAAGAUCCGCUUCCAGGAUGAAUGCAACAAGCUCAUGAUAGAAUUGAGACUUUCUGAGGACCGGUCAGACCCAGAGACUCCUUGGCCUCAGUUUCUGAUCCCGGUCUUGGCACUCCUGGUGUUCAUAGGGCUAAUCAUAGUCAGCCUCCUCUUGUCCAACAGGUCUGGUUUGCUGCACCCUGGAGGAGUCAUUGGAUCAGUUAUACAUUAUCCUAAGGACAUGAGUGAAAUGGCUCUAGAGGUGAAAAACAGUAGUUACUGUGCCUUGUGAUCCAAAGCUUCAGCUGAACAAAAGGCUCCAGUUUUCCAACUGCAUUUUUACUGCUGAAUGUCUUCGUACUGCUGUAACAGUUUUGGUUUUUUUUCCUGUGUAUGGACAGCGCUGCUCUAUGAAUGCAACCAAACCUCUGCUACAGUGUCAAACGGCCUGCUGUAAACACGUGUGUGGUCUUUCAAACCACAUUAUCUUAUGCACUUUAACACGUUUCAUACUUUACAGUAUUGUUUUUAUUGCUUAUACUGAAUGUGUCUAUACACAGACAUUCAUGAAGAAAUGUAAAUAUAUAAAUAUGUUCACCACAUGAAGUGACAGUAACUGUGAGGGCACACGUUUCACUAUUCAUGCAAACAAAAUAAGAGAAAAUAUACAAAUCAAAAUGUUCCCUUUCACCACACACAUUAUUUAUUAAAUUAUUUAAGUCACAAAUCAUUUGUUAAGCCCUGCUGAAAUCAAAUGUUUUGUUCUCCCUCCGAUAGACCAGUUGUAUGUAAACACUGGAUGAAGUAAGCGUGUCCAGAUUCGAACUCUGCUUUGUUUCCUCACAGUAAAAUAUAUUUCUUUGUGAUACUGUGCACCGAUAUGACCAACUUUAUGUUUUUCUGUAUUAUUUCAGCAUGUAAGAGUUAUAGAAAAUGUUCAAUUAAAGAUGGUUUUAUGGCAUGUUA